CAAGGCAGCCAGCUAGCCCGCCGCCUGUCUGUCUGUCACCAGAGCCAUGGAGAGAGCCAGUCUGAUCCAGAAGGCCAAGUUGGCAGAGCAGGCUGAACGCUAUGAGGACAUGGCAGCCUUCAUGAAGAGCGCCGUGGAAAAGGGUGAGGAGCUGUCCUGCGAAGAGCGGAACUUGCUCUCAGUGGCCUACAAGAAUGUGGUGGGUGGCCAGAGGGCUGCCUGGAGGGUCCUGUCCAGUAUCGAGCAGAAGGGCAACGAAGAGAGCUCAGAAGAGAAGGGCCCCGAGGUGCGAGAGUACCGGGAGAAGGUGGAGACUGAGCUCCGGGGCGUGUGUGACACGGUGCUGGGCCUGCUGGACACCCACCUCAUCAAGGAGGCCGGGGAUGCUGAAAGUCGGGUCUUCUACCUGAAAAUGAAGGGCGACUACUACCGCUACCUGGCUGAGGUGGCCACUGGUGACGACAAGAAGCGCAUCAUUGACUCAGCCAGGUCGGCCUACCAGGAGGCCAUGGACAUCAGCAAGAAGGAGAUGCCACCCACCAACCCCAUCCGCCUGGGCCUGGCCCUGAACUUUUCUGUCUUCCACUACGAGAUCGCCAACAGCCCCGAGGAGGCCAUCUCACUGGCCAAGACCACCUUCGACGAGGCCAUGGCUGACCUGCACACCCUCAGCGAGGACUCCUACAAAGACAGCACCCUCAUCAUGCAGCUGCUGCGAGACAACCUGACGCUGUGGACCGCCGACAACGCCGGGGAAGAGGCCGGCGAGGCUCCCGAGGAACCCCAGAGCUGAGCCGUGCCCGCCCCCUCCCUGCCGCGCCCUGCCCUCUCCAGCACCCCGCCCGUGGCAGAGAGGACUAGUACGGGGUGGGGGGC